AAGUUAAUUUACAUUUUAAUUUGGCUAAAAUCUCAUUGAAGUGUUUGAUUAAAGAGGUGAUUCCAGAAUAAUCUGUGUAAAUGACAUAUUUGACCAAAGAUACUACAUAGGAAUGCUAUAAAUUUGACACUUAUGUGAAUCUUUACUAUAAUCAACUUUUACUUUAGAGGAAAAAAUUAGUUGUUGCAUGACUGUGCAUUUGUCAUGACUUGUAUUAAGUUGGCUAGUCUAAAUCAUGUGCCAUAUUAAUUCGGCUAGUGUAAUGGAUCAUUGAUACUAUGCGAUGCAUUAUUUUCUCUUGGUCUCUAUUUGAGGUGGAAAUCAGUGAUCACAUACGUAUGUGACUUUCCAAAUCAGUAAUGACUAAUGUAUGUGACUUUCCAUGUCAGUGACUUGUCAUAUAACAACCUAACAGGACCCUUGCCAGAUGUUCUGGGAAAUUUGCCAUCACUUCAAGUCCUGAAUUUGGCAGGCAACAAUCUUUCUGGGCCAAUUCCUGCUUCUCUACUAAAACGAUCACAGCAAGGGUUGCUGAUACUUAGAACUGAAGGCAAUCAAAAUUUAUGCGCCAGUGGAAAUUCAUGUGAGAUAAAGACGGACACAGAAUCAAAAAAGAAGAAGAUUGCAACACCUAUUAUCGUGAUUAUUUGUCUAGUUCCUGUGGUGCUAUUUCUUGUGGCUAUAUUUAUCUUCUGUCGUAUGAGAAAAUCAAAAGGUAAGUGCUUGCUGCAGCAAAUUAUAACUGUCCAUUCAUGUCUUUGAUGCAUACUAGCUUAG